AUGGAUCACUGGAUCGAUGGGGAGAUUUCUGUCUGCUCCUCUUACUGCCACCUCUUUCUUGCUAUUUCCUGCCCGAGGAAACCUGACAUCAGCCCCAAAGCAUCUCUGGAAAUGGUGCUGGGCUGUUGGAGAGCUCGAGCUGCAAGCCACCGAGCGCGAGCUCGAGCGCGGCGCGCUGGUCGGGGAACCCAAGAGCGCACGGCGCCCCGAGCUGGCAGGCGCCGCGGGACCCCCCACCCUCGCCGCCUGCCCUUCCCCGGGCGCCCCUACCCUCCUCGCCCGCAGGAGACUCUGGGCUUCCCCGGAGGAGCUCACCCCAAGGGGCCAGGACUCCGGCGAGCCCGCCACCGUCCCCUCGAGUGCCGCCGCCACCACCGCAGCCGCGGGAGCAUUAUGGUCCAGCUGGGGAAGCUGCUCCGCGCCCUGACUUUGAUGAAGUUUCCCUGCUGCGUGCUGGAGGUGCUUCUGUGCGCGCUGGCGGCGGCGGCGCGCGGCCAGGAGAUGUACGCCCCGCACUCCAUUCGGAUCGAAGGGGACGUCACCCUCGGGGGGCUGUUCCCGGUGCACGCGAAGGGUCCCAGCGGAGUGCCCUGCGGCGACAUCAGGAGGGAGAACGGGAUCCACAGGCUGGAAGCGAUGCUCUACGCCCUGGACCAGAUCAACAGCGAUCCCAACCUGCUGCCCAACGUGACGCUGGGAGCGCGGAUCCUGGACACUUGUUCCAGGGACACUUAUGCGCUCGAACAGUCGCUCACUUUCGUCCAGGCGCUCAUCCAGAAGGACACCUCCGAAGUGCGCUGCACCAACGGCGAGCCUCCGGUUUUCGUCAAGCCCGAGAAAGUAGUUGGAGUGAUUGGGGCUUCGGCGAGUUCGGUCUCC